UGCCGUGAAAAUGUGUCGUUUGUUUGUGAUGGUUGUGUUUUUGUUGUAUUCAAAUUAUGGAUUUUGUUUUAUUAAUUUAUCUAACAUCGAAUGCGGUGUAAGUCCCGCUCGUCGGGGCCGUAUAGUUGGUGGUGAAGACAGUCUACCGGCAGAAUUUCCCUGGGCAGCCAGCAUUUGGCGUCAGGGAGCACACCAAUGCGGAGCCACAGUUUUGACUGACAGAUGGCUGCUUACCGCCGGACAUUGUAUUUGUAGUGCCUUUGAUGAGUUCUACAAAACUAAGCAGUUAUCAGUCGUAGUUGGUUUUACUGAUAUUUCGUCCACUAAGUCUAAGGAGCCGCUGUCUUUGAUUAUACCUCAUCCAGAAUACAGGUGCAACAGAAAAUCAAAUGAUGUCGCUCUUUUGAAAACUAUGAACCAGCUGCAGUGGACAAACGCGUUACGACCUGCCUGUCUUCCGCAGGCCUUAUCAAAUGAUUUCAGUGGUGUUUUAGCCACCGUUGCUGGAUGGGGAUUCACUAAUGAGGAUAGAAAUAUUGGAUCAAGACCAAACAUUCUUCAAAAAACUGACGUGCGUGUAGUAACAAAUGAUCAAUGCAAUGAAUGGUACCAAGCCCAAGGGAGCAAGAUCAAAGUGAUCCCCACACAAAUGUGCGCAGGACACAAAGAAGGAGGUCGAGAUUCUUGUUGGGCUGAUAGCGGGGGCCCGCUUAUGUUCCGUGAAGAUAAUCUUCACGCUAUGGUAGUAGGAGUGGUUUCCACUGGCAGUGGAUGUGCCAGAGCUCAAAUGCCUGGAGUGUAUACUAGGGUAUCCAGAUAUACAGAUUGGAUUAUUCAGAGUAUUGAAAAUGAUAAGAUUAGAUCUAGAAAUAAUGAACUUAGAUCAGGGUUUAAUUGGUACCCACGCUUCAGUUGAAUGUUAUGUAAAUAUUGAUUUAACCAACAUCUUUUAUAUUUUGAUACACUCACAGAUAUGGCUACUAUCAUAAUAAUAGUUCAAAUUAUAUUGUACUUGCUAUCCGUAUAAGUAUUAACCUACUAGAAAUAUAGCAAACAAACCAUUUAUCCACCAAAUGGAAUGUGACUAAACUGUUACUUAGACUUACAUUUUCUUUCAAGUCAUGCAAUAGUGUGAUUUUGAAUUUUAUGGUUGCUUGGAGUAUUUAAUGAAUACAAAGUUCAACAUUGACCUUGUAACUGCAUUGUAAAUAUUUAAAGUAUUUAUACUCCAUACAAAAUGAAAAUUC